AUCGUCAGUGCACAUCAUCGAGUACUCCAUGACCUGAUCGCUGUUGCAGUCGUUAUCAAAAUUCCUGUAAAAUCGUUUUCCAAAUUCAAUGUCAGCGACCGAGGACCCCAUUUUCGACGUUCUAAUUGUUGGCGCUGGUCUGUCCGGGCUGUGCGCUGCCAAACGAAUUCAAGACAAAUGCUGCUCUCAAAUGAGCUUCAAGCUGUUGGAAAAAUCUCCGACGACGGUCGGCGGUCAGCUCGAUGGCUGCCAGUCACGAUGGAUCACCAGCAAUCAUUUCCACGCCAUUGAGCUUUGUCGAGAACUGGGCUGCGAGAUGUGCGAACUGGCGCAAAUGACCGAGAGCUCCCAAGGAGGGGUGGAGGCUAGGGCGUUACGUGACGUUGACCCUUGGCAGGGGAUGAUUUUUGGACCGCUAGCAAAGAUCGAAACCGACCGGUUGAUGACGGAAAUUGACUCACUCAGCUCAACAAGGUUCAUCAUCGAUGACCCGCUGAAUAUGGAUGUUUUCUUGGAGCGAAAGUUGCUGCUGGACGAAUCAAAGGACUUCUUCCGGUUUCUAAUAAAAAUCAGCUGCGGCUUCCACCCGAACGAACUCAGCGUGACGGAUUGGUUCAAAUUUUGUCGCUCUAUGUCAUCGGUCAGAAACGUGUACGAGAUACUGAAGGUGAAUGGGACACACAUGGUCCCUUUGGAAGGUUGGGCUAGUCUGGUGGGGAAGCUAGUUCAAGUAGUAGGAGAGGAAAAUAUUGUACUUGGGUGCAAAGUCACUCGACUGGAACUUAGUGCUGAAGAGGAGAACAGCUUUGUACUGGUGACUGAUGAGAAUGGAUGCAUCUGGAAGGGUCGGGCCGUCAUUUGUGCCAUUCCAUGUGAUGAUUUGCGGCGAAUCGAUUUUGCUCCUUCUCGUCCGACGUUCUUCAGACAACCGAAUUCAAAUGCAAAUAUAACACACGUCAGUAACUUCAAGGUUUAUUACGAAUCGUCCAUUUGGAAGGACCAUGUUUUUUCGGGUAGCAUAUUUCUCCCAGCGUAUCGGAUAUUGUGUUUCGAACGGAGAACAGGACUACUGGAGGGGUCAUUCUUCCAUAUGGAAAAUGUGACCGAGCACGAAGCGAGACAUGCCAUUCUGCACAUUCUGAGUUUGACUCUGAAAUGCCACUCACUACUAAACGCCGUAAAAUUUGAAGCAGAGCGACAAGCUCUGCCGUUUUAUUUUGAAGUGCCCCCAUCAUUUAAUAGGAGAGUCAUAUUUGCUUCCUCGAAUGCAAGCUGCUGGUACCGGGGGUUCAUCAACGGAUCCGUACAAGGAGGAGUGAAAGCCGCAGUCCUGGCACUGCUCGAAGUGCGACCUCAAACCAUCAACUUCAAGGAUGUAACCGACAUGCAGUGUAUCCACUUCAAGUAUUUCCAACGAAGCUCCGGUCUCGAGCGGUUCUGGUAUUCGCUGAAUCUGUCGAGUGUCAGUCGAUUUGUAGCCGUGGCAGCGACAGUGGCUGCCACCUUCAGCAUGCUGAUCGGAUUCACCAAAAAUGUCGCCGGUAUAAACGAAUUCGAAACUGAGUGAUUGACUCUCUGGGCGGAAAUCUUACAAGUAUCAAGGUCGGUAAUGAAUUCAUCAAACUGAUUAAAUUAUAUCGCGAAACCCUACAUAAACCACCACCCCCAAGCGUUCAUAAAUUCAAUUAUCGUUAUCACUUCACCCAUCUGUUGAUGCGUAUCGGAAGACGAGCUCUGUCCAACGAAGUAGUCAGCUCGAUUUCCAUAACUAACCAGUCAGCCAGCCAGCCGUCAUCUAGGGCAGCUGUCGGAACCGUCUCAUUGAUAGGCAAGCCAUCGCUA